UCCCUCAGAUUAACCCUCAGAGUACUGCCUUCUUCACCACCUCCUCGUAUAAUAGUAAUUACUCCGUCGCACAUAAAGCUAGCAGUAUCAGCGCCGCCGCAACAUAAUGCUGCGAAUGAAGCUGUGGUAAAGUUUAUUUGCGAGGUUCGUUUAUGUUGAUCUCGGCACGGUUUUCAGGGGUUGCUGAUGCAGUAGCGAGAGAGAGAGUAGUUAUUAGGCUACCCCAAGACCGACGGACGAAUCACUAUGGGGGAGAAGACGCGGGGAAAGGUUUUAGAGAUUAGGGGCGUGGGCAUGGAAGGGGGUUUGGUAGAACGUGUACGGGAGAAGCUA